AUGCUCCUGCGCCGCAGAGAAGAUCUAUCCGCCGCCGCGAGGUCACGCGUGUGCUUUCGCUUGCGCUUACGCUUCAUCCGCUUAUUUAUAAAAGUGUUUGAUGGUGUGCUUAACACUCAAUUAAGUAAAUAUAUAAAGCCACACGAUAACCAAUUUGGUUUUAAACCUGGGCUGUCCACAGAUGGUGCUAUUUUGAGUCUUAAGCAUACUAUUAACUAUUAUGUUGAACGUAAGACGCCUGUCUUCGCAUGUUUUUUGGAUUUGUCCAGGGCAUUUGACCUUGUUUCCUAUGAUCUGCUGUGGAAAAAACUUGAAAAAAUCCAUUUACCACAGUAUACCAUAAAUAUUCUUAAAUAUUGGUACAAAAGUCAGGUCAAUAGUGUGCGUUGGGAGGGUGUCCUGUCAGAUCCGUAUAGGAUGGAGUGUGGGUUGAGGCAAGGUGGGUUGACUUCUCCCAUACUUUUUAACUUGUAUGUAAAUGAGCUGAUAGAGGAGUUAACCGGCACCAGAAUUGGCUGUAACGUAGAUGGCGUUAACCUUAACAAUUUAAGCUAUGCUGAUGACAUGGUGCUGCUUAGCGCUUCUGUCUGCGGGUUAAGAUAA